CUGAAUGCCACAGCACAGCGCUGCAGCUGCUUCUGGAAUUGUGUCCCCUGAGGAUCUGUCCCCCUCAGGAGGGAUGGUGGAGCUCAUAUAGCCUUUGGCCUGAGCCCUUUACUGAGAGAAAAGGAGGCUGUUGCCAAGGACUCCAGGGGAGUGGAUUCUGCUCUGGUCCAGACCCAAGGCACCCAGCCCUCCUGGAGACAUUGUGUGAGCCGGGCUGGGCCUCCAGACACAGCCCCUGCUGCCCCACCCCAGCCAGGGUGGUGCUUGUGUGGGAAGGACUUUAAGUCCAGCUGCCAGACCCCUGAUCAGGAGAGGCAGAGAGGGCUGGCCACCAUGCACGGUUCCUGCAGCCCGUGGGUGAUGUUGCCGCCGCCACUGCUCCUCCUGCUGCUGCUGAUUGCCACUGGCCCCACCACAGCCCUCACAGAGGACGAGAAGCAAACUAUGGUGGAUCUUCACAACCAGUACCGUGCCCAGGUGUCCCCGCCAGCCUCAGAUAUGCUGCAGAUGAGGUGGGAUGACGAGCUGGCCGCCUUCGCCAAGGCCUACGCUCAGAAGUGCGUGUGGGGCCACAACAAAGAACGCGGGCGGCGCGGAGAGAACUUGUUUGCCAUCACGGACGAGGGCAUGGACGUGCCGCUGGCCGUGGGGAACUGGCACGAGGAGCAUGAGUAUUACAAUUUCAGCACGGCCACCUGCGAUCCGAACCAGAUGUGCGGCCACUACACUCAGGUAGUGUGGAGCAAGACUGAGAGAAUUGGCUGUGGCUCCCACUUCUGCGAGACGCUCCAGGGAGUGGAAGAAGCUAACAUCCAUUUGCUGGUGUGCAACUAUGAGCCUCCGGGGAACGUGAAGGGCCGUAAGCCCUACCAGGAGGGGACUCCUUGCUCCCAGUGCCCUCUUGGCUACAGCUGUGAGAACUCUCUCUGUGAGCCCAUGAGAAACCCGGAAAAGGCGCAGGAUUCGCCUCCAAGGGUGACCGAGGUCCCUUCCACCCGCGCAACUGAAGCCCCAAGCUCCAGGGAAACCGGUACUCCAUCCCUAGCAACCUCUGAGACUCUACAUUUCUCGGUAACAAAGGUCUCGGACUCCCUGGCAACCGAGUCCUCACCUGCAGUAGAAACAAAGGCACCAUCUUCCUUAGCAACCGAAGGCCCCUCCUCCAUGGCAACAGAGGCUCAGGCUUUUGUAACUGAGGUCCCCUUGGUUUCUGCAAGGCACAUGCAGCCCUCGGUGGAUGAAGGGCCAGUUAACUUCCUCACAUCAACACAUAUCCCUGUCCCCAAAUCUAUGGACGAAGAAGCCAGCAAGUCGAGCGCAACCUCCGUGAGCCCAAAGAAAUCGCUGUACCCCAAGAUGUCCCUGACAGAGUCAGGAGAGUCCGUACCCCAAAUCCAGGAGGAGGCUGAACCCAAGGACGAGUUGUCUGAGCCCGAGGCCAUAUUGCCCGAGGCAGAGGCCGCACCGACUGAGGCAGAGGUCGAGUUGCGGGAGCCCGAGGCUGAGUCUCCCAAGGCCGAGUCGCCAGAGGCAGAGGCUGAGUCGCCUCUUUCCAGUGAGGCUUUGGUCCCAGUUCUUCCAGCCCAGGAGCGUGGUGGGCAGAAGGCCUCACUGGAACACUCUGGCCACCCUGCCUCCCCAUCCCUGCCCACCUUCCCUAGUGCUUCGGGUAAUGCCACAGGUGGGCGCACCCUGGCCCUACAAUCAUCCUGGACAGGUGCUGAGAACCCCGAAAAGGCCGACUGGGAUUUGAAGAAUUCUGCUCACGUGUGGGGACCUUUCCUGGGACUGCUGCUGCCUUCCCUGCUGCUGUUGGCUGGCAUGGUCUGAGGGGGACACCCAAAGGCCUGGGAGAAGAGGUCAGCUGAUCAACUGCUGUGUCCUAUCCUAUCGCUCAAACAAGAUACCACCGCCUGGCCAAAGCCCGUCUGGAAGGGAAAGGCUGUGUGGUCCAGCCCAUCAGUAACUGCACACCAGGGCCCUCCCUUGCCCUUUACAGUGGAGUUCUACAGAGGACAUGAUUCUGGGGAUACUUGUCUGCUUCCCAGGGGAUGGAGGGGUGGGGUGGGGGAGGGGCUGUCUGCCUGCAGGCUCUAGGGCUCCCCAUCUCUGAGUGCCCAUGUAGCUUGGACAGCAGACCCUGAGGGCAGGUGAAGAACAAGCCCCAACGAAGUGGGGUUCUGUGGGUGGGGAGACAGGGAAUGGAGGCAGCCUUGACUCCUGAAUAAAGCCUGUCUGAGAGCCU